AUGAACUGGUUCAAGCAAACUCUGGCCAACGUUGUAGGGACUGAAGAACCAAUCUAUGGCCCGGAGGCUAUCCAGUCGGUUGCCAAACAGGCAGAGUCCACCCCUUAUACAGAGUUGAAGAAGGAAGAUUUGAAAUGGGUAGCACCUCAGUAUACCUCGGUCGAGACCCAGACCUUCUAUGUGAUGGCCGACAACGGUGCCUUGGCCAUGGUUCAGCUUAUUUACAACAACAUAGCUGGCCUACACACAACCUGUCAAUUCAACACGAAAAUCUUCUCGUUCGACAGCAGUACGCCUCAUCUCUGGCAUUCGAAUACACUGUCGAAUCAUCUGUUUGAUCCCGACAUGUAUUCGUUUGGAGCAGACAACCUUGCAAUGACCCUGAAUGAAGAUGGCACUGCGUAUACCAUCAAGUCGGCGGUCAAUGAAGCCAGUCUUGUGAAUCUCACCUUUACCCGACAAACCCCAGGCGUGGCUGUUGGCAACAAUGGCACCUCUUACUUUGGUACCGAUCCUUCCAAGCCCUGGGGCUCGAUGCGACACGCAUUCUGGCCCCGUUGUUCCGUCGAAGGUACAAUUACCACCAAGGAGAAGACAUAUGACUUGAAGGGUAGAGGAUUCUUCGCUUAUGCGCUUCAGGGAAUGAAGCCCCAUCAUGCUGCUGCGAGGUGGAACUUUGUCAAUUUCCAAACACCAACAUAUUCUGCCUUCCUAAUGGAGUACACCACCCCUCCAUCAUAUGGCUCAACGGUGGUGAAUGUGGGCGGUGUGUUGAAGGACGGGGAGAUUCUUUAUGCUGGAACAAGCAACUCCGCACAACACCUAGAGAUAGGCACCGAUUCAGAGAAUGAUUGGCCUGAGCCCAAGGCUAUCAGGUUUACAUGGGAUGGGAAGACCAAGGACGAGGACAUCUUCCAUGCCGAAGUAGAAGGCCCUCUUAAAAGACUCGAUCGUAUAGAUGUCAUGGCUGAAGUUCCCGGCUUUGUGAAAUCUAUUGUGGGCAGCGUUGCUGGGACCAAGCCGUAUAUCUAUCAGUACUACCCUCAAAACAACCCCACCCUGAAGGUUAAGGUAGGCGAUACUGAGCAUGCGGAGGAAGGAACAUUGUUCUGCGAGGCUACAUUUAUCUCGUGA